AUGGAUAAAUACAAAAAAAUUAAAGUAGUAGGAAAAGGUAUUAUGAUAAAAUAAAUCAGGUAGUUUUGGAUAUGCUCUUUUAGCCUAGGCAUUGUCAAAUAAGAAAAAUUAUAUAAUAAAAGUAUCAAAUGAUUUAAAUUAGAUGAUUGACAUAUCUAAGAUGGAUAGAAAAUAAAGAGAAGAGGCUUUGAAUGAAGUUCAUGUAUUAAAGGCAAUGAGACAUCCCUAUAUUAUUACUUAUAGAGAAUCAUUCAUGGAGAAAAAGUAUUAAUUUUCUUAUGAAACUUUUUUCAGAUGUCUAUGUAUUGUAAUGGAUUAUGCGGAUGGUGGGGAUUUAUAUGGUAAAAUAGCUAAACAAAAAGAAAUUGGCAUACUCUUUUCAGAAGAACAAAUAUUAGAUUGGUUUGUUUAAAUGGCAUUGGCUAUGAAUCACAUUCAUGAAAGGAAGAUUUUGCAUCGAGAUUUGAAAACUUAAAAUAUAUUUCUUACAAGCAAAAAUGAUGUGAAAAUUGGAGAUUUUGGUAUUGCUCGUAUUUUACAACAUACUUAUGAUUGUGCUAAAACAGCAAUAGGAACUCCAUAUUAUUUAAGUCCAGAAAUAUGCUAAGAAAAACCUUAUAAUCAAAAAUCUGACAUUUGGUCACUUGGUUGCAUUUUGUAUGAAUUAACUACUUUAAAUCAUGCCUUCGAUGCAUUAUCUAUGAAAGAAUUAGUUUUAAAAAUAUUAAGAGGAACUUAUCCUCCAAUACCAUCACAAUAUUCUUCAGAAUUACAAUCAUUAAUAGCUGAUAUGUUAAUUAAGGAUCCUUCAAAGAGACCAAGUAUAAAGAGAAUUUUAGAGAGAGAUUUCUUAAAAUAAAGAAUAGGAAGUUUGCUAGUUUCAACAUUAAAUAGACAUGAAUUAUAAGAAUUAACAGAAUUAAAACCUACUGAAAAUCUGUAAAAUAAUUAUCUUAUUAUUAGUUUUAUAUAACCUUAAUAGACUGCAUAAUAAUUUAUUUUAUAAUAAAAACAAUUUGAAUAAAAUAAGAUAUCUCAAAAUUAGAGUUAAAAUAAUUCACCAAUUACUUCAAGACAGAUUAUUCAAACUGUGGCUAGUAAGAAACCUUCACCUAAAAAGGAUAACAGUAAAGUAGAAUUAAAAUAAUUGUUCAAUAGACAAAAUUCACCUUUGUAAUCAAUAAAUUAAAAUUAUUCUAUACAAUAAUAAUAAAUUUAUUCUUAAUAAUAAUAGUAAUAACUAAUAGAUGAAAAAUUUGAAAAACCUCAAUCAUUUGCUAGUGUAGUUAGUUAGAAAGAAAAUUAAUAAUAAUAAUAAUAAUAAUAAUAAUAAUAAUAAUAAUAACCUAUUAAAUAUUAAAACUUAGAAUUAUUAAAUAAAUUUUAUUUAAAAGACAACACAAAUAUAGUUAGACUUCAAAGUAAAAGUCCUAUUUUGUAGGAAUAAAAAAGAAAAGAAUCAAUAGUAAGUUUAAUAAGAGAAGAUGACAGUUUUGAGUAAUAAUAAGGUUAUAAGUAUCUUAUUAAAGAUAUGAGAAAGUGUUUAGAUAAAAAAUAAUCAAAAGAAGAAGAAGAAUCUAUUAUUGUUGACAAUUUUAAAAUAGUUCCUCAGUAAUUUUUACUAUUAAUUAUAUUUAUAGAUUUCUUAAUUAAUAAAAAUAAUUUUAAGUACCUGGAACCUCUGAAAGAGAUACUAUUGGCUAUAAGAUAGAAGCUCUCAGAUAUUAUUUAGAAUUGCAAAUGGGUUUAGACUCUUUCAUUAGAGCCUAUCAGACUUUAGAGAAUAGUUAAGAAAGCGAAUAAUUGAAAUAAGCAAAUUAAUUACUAAAUUAAGAAUAAAGGAAAUACAUACCAUUAAUAAUCUAAUUAAUAGUUUGUGAAGAUUCAUAUUAUUGA